GAUGAUUUUGUGCCUGAUUUUAAUGAUUUAAUUUCACUCGACAUGGAGGAAAGCGCUUCACAAUCUUACAGUGAGAUGGACCUUAACAGUUCAAUUGAGGGGACAACCGCAGAUUACGAUGGUUUUUUUAAAACUACCACAGUCGCCCAAACCACGACCCCAGCAUCCAAAGAUGAAGUUGUCGUGACGACGCCUUGUCAUCGUAACUCCAUUUCUCUCCUCCGAGAGUUGGACUCAGAGAUGAGAGAGAUUGAUGAGAAAUCCCGGAUGCGACAAACGGAGACGGAGGAAGAGAUCAUUGCAAGAAGGACGAGGUCAAAACUUCCCCUUCAUAAUGUUGGGCUGGAAGAGCUGGAGACGGCGUUCGAUCCUCCCGACGCGGGAGAUGACAUGUGCAUCCAGUCAUCUGAUGAGGAUUGGUUAAAAUUCCUCGCGGAAGUUUUCACCCAAGACCCGGGUGAGAAGACGACCGACAUAGACGACGACGUUGAACAAGACCCCGAUUAGUAAUUUCAUGGCAUCGGAGGCUGAAGAAACUCAUGAGAAGGAUGAUUAUAGAGAUGAUCAAGGGACACGAAUUACAAAGAAAGAAGUUGAAGAAUUGUUGGAACUUCUCAACGUUCCGGUCGUUGACAGCCAUGGUCAACCAAUUGACGUGUCAGAUUUAUCUAUUAUGAUGUCACCUGCUAAAAAAACGACGACCAGCAAAAAAACAACAGAGAACACAAAGUCGGCCGACGUUACGAUUCCUUUGUUAGAACAAAAUCAAGUUUCUGUUAAGCAACAUUUGGAGAUCAGAAGACGCCAAAAAUCUCGAUUUUUCAACAACAAUGAUAAAAUAAUUAACAAUAAAAACAAUGAAAAACUUGUUAGCAACAACAAUCAACAAUCGAGAUGUCUUACGUUCACUUUAAACCAGACGCGCACUUUAAAACUUCAGUUGAAACAACACGUGCAGUUGCUCACACAAAUCAACUUGCUGAGCAAAAACAAACCUGAAUUCCACAAGAUCACAAGUGAGGCGCUCGCUAUGCUUAAAGAAAUUAAGCAGCUUGGAAAACACCAGAAAGCAGAGUUACGAAUCGAGGCUUCAUGUUUUGACGUUGAGCAUUUAAAUGAUGCGUUGGAUAUUACGCAACUUAAGCUAUCGAGCAGUGAACCUGUCGUUAACCUGACAAAAUUUGAACGAAACAGAAGAAUGUUUCCAUUGUCUCGUCAGAUAGCAACUGUGAUGUCACAAAGCCCUGUGUUUUGCUACACCCAUCUACUUCCUGCUUGUGGAGGUCUGAAAGUAAAUCCGGACACCGUUCGGAAAACUUACAGUUUUUCAGUAGAUAUCCUGUUAUGCCUGGGCCUCGCUCAAAUGGAAGGCCACCUGAGACCAAUGUAUGAACUGAUCCAUCAGUAUAUGUUGCCUACUAUGAGCCCAGAUCAGAUUAAGUUUCGUGUCAAAAAUGCGAUGAACUGUCACUAUGGACAAAACAACCCGAUUUAUAUUUACCACCGAACAAAGGUCAUUCCCCAGCCCCCUAUUAUAAGUGACCCAGACGUGGGGCCUUCUACGGGAAUUCCCAAUCAUUUGGGGUUAAAAUCGGCCCCAAUCCCCGACUGGUUGCAUAUGCUGCAACUGGAAGACUCGAACCAUUCAACAUCGACAUUGGAUAAUUCAAACCAAGAACCACAAGACAAAUACGCAGUUUUAAUAAACAACCCCGGCGACCCCUCCACCUCCAAACCUCCAACUGCAAUCAUUCUCCCCAUCAUCUAUAACAAUGAGUCCUCCGGUAAGAAGAAGAUCAAACGACAAGAUUGGGUUCGCAACAUCCGGACACCAAUUGCCAACAAGAGGAAAAAAAGUCAGAAAAAAGAGCAAAAAGUCAAAAAGCCCCGGACAGAUUCGGAAAUUGCGAAAAAAUUGAAAUCCAAUUCCUCACCAACACAAAUGGAAGUUUUGAACACCUCAAAUACUUCCUUUGAAACACAACCAGAAAAUGAUGAAACUGUGGCUUUAAAUUCAACCAAUGAGAGUCAAGACUCAGAACCAUCAACCAAUCAGAUGGCACUUUCGGACAAAGAUAAAGUGGAUCAACUAAAUGAAAACAUUUCUCCGGAAAAGGAAAUUUCUGAAAAUAAUUUAAGUGAUAAUAUAAAUUCCUCGCUGAGUAAAGUUACUUCAGACAAAAACUUUUCUGUGCCCAAAUCAGUGGGGUUAAAAAUGGCCGAACAAAUUGAAACAUCACCUGCUGCCAAAAAAGUUGAGAGUGUUGGUCAAAAAGUUCCGCAAAGUCAAACAAAAAAAGUGAGGACAGAAAAUAUAUCGAGUAAAAAUUCUACAAAGUUGUCAAAAAAGUCAAACAAAAACAAAAUUGAUUCCAACAAGAUAUUAUCCCCAAGUUUAAAGAAAAAAAAUCGCUCCUCGGAUGUUGGAUGCGAUGACGAAGUUGGAGGUACGGAGGAAGAUGAGGAAGAGACAGAGGAUGAACAGAUGCAUGUGGAAGAUGCUCCAACAGAGGAGGAGGAGCAAAAAGAAGAAAAAAGCAAAAAAAGAAAGAAAGCAAAAUGCCGAGCAAAAAUUUCUUCCACUAAACUUGGUGGACGACUCCACAGGACAUUUCCUUGCCUGGGAAGCAAGAAAAACAGCGGGAAAAGUCGUAAUUCUGCUUCUGACGAUCAGUUUUCGAAAAAUUUACGAAAAUCUGCUGAAAAAGUGAAACUUCUUGAGGAAGAUACGAUAGUUCAACUAGAUCCCACGAGGGUGGAAAAAGAAAUGUUGUUCGCUGAAGGUUAUCUGAAACAAUUACAAACAGUCCUAAAAGACAAACCGGAUGUUCUGAUUCAAGUCCUUGAGAUUAUGUCCGAGUUUGCUCUCGAUGCGGGUCUGUCUCCUCCCAUUCUAUUUAAGAAGAUUUCAGAACUCUUAUCUCCGUGGCCUCAACUGAUCCAGGGAUUUGCUCCGUUUCUACUUCCAGAACAAGCACACGCUUGUGGACUUCUUCCAGAGCAACAAGUUUAUGCACGAGCUCGUAAAUUUCUACGACAACUGGAGAUCCGUUUCCAAGACAACCCACAACACCUCAACAGAAUCAUCAAUACUUUCAAAUCAGUGGCAGAGAGUGCUGUGUAUAAGGAAAAUGAGAUGAAGAGCAACAUCCUCACAAUGCUGAAGUCGGAUCCUUACCUCCAGGAAGAGUUCUUAAUGUUUUUUGAUAACGAGCGACCUCCUGAAAGUCGACUUAAUGGGGAUUGGGAAGAAAUAUAUUGGACAGAUGACCUUCUAAAAGAAUCUGGUGCCCCUGCAGGUUUCGAAGAAAUACAUGUUCCUUUCUCGGGUGAGGGAAAUCCCCUGUCUGGUACUGAGGAAGCAAACAUUUCAAGUUCAACAAAAUUCCCAGUUUCAAACAAACAGAAACCAACAGUUGCUAGUAACAACCAAUCGAUUAAAAAACCAAGGCGCGUUUCAAAAUGUAAAACUAAAGACAAAAAUCGGGAAGAUUGGAAUUUACAUCCGAGAUUAGGAGUUGAAGAGGAGGAAGAAGAUGGGUUAACACAGCCUCCCAACACAGCAUCGACAACAGCAAUACAACACGCUGACGUUGGAGUUAUUUCAGAAGAUGCUUUGUCUUGUAACUCACAACAUAAUGAAGACGGUGUUUCAAUAUCUGUAAAUAAGCCACCCACCCCCACUGGAACGCAAGCGAGCCAAGAUUCGGUUUCGUUAUCCGAUUACAAACUCGCUCCCGAUCUUCAUUCCUCCUCCCAUGGCUCCUCCCUCCCAAUCACUCCUACAGGAUCCCGAUCCCCGAAGUCGGAAGAUCAGCUUCAGGAUCAAGCCAAGGAUGUCGAUACUGCCCUCCAGUGGACAAGAGAAGAUGACGCAACUUUACUCGGCCAUUGUAAACUAGACGGAGCUACAGAGCAAACAUUUUCCAAAGUUGCAUCUGUUUUGAAGCGGUCGAAAGAAGAAAUUGAAAAUCGUUUCCAAACUUUGAUCAAUUUAAUUUCAGGGGGUGACGUCACAGACACAGAGAGUGUUUAUACUGAUGGUACAGAGGCAGAAGAUUUAAGCGAUUAAAACUGAGUAUUUAUAUCACUGUGGUUUAGCCAUGGGCUUCCCAAACUUUUUAGCUCGCAAACUCUACUCCUGAAAUUUUCGCGAACCUUCAUGGUUAAUGGUAUAUGCAGUACUUUGUGUAUGGUUGGUAUACUCUUGGCGACAAAUAUAAAAUACUGAUAUAAUAACAAGAUAAUAAUUAGAAAAUAUAUUCGAAAUUCAGGCACUUUCACUUGGAGACAAUUUAUAAGAAAUGGCUUGUGCGAAAAAUAGUGUAGCAAUACCCAAUUUGCUUAGCAACAAUGUAAAGUAAGUUUCCCCGCUCUACUAUAAUAUAAAUAAAUCCGCAAACUACACAGUUCGCCACAAAGGCAACACAAGACCAUUCGGGAAAUACGAUGUAUCGAUAGUUUUUAAAGUUUACUCUAAUGUGUUAUAUGAACAUAUGUUAUGCAUAUUCUUUGUGUCAUGCUUUUGCGCCCACUAACGAGAUAAAUUAAUUUGAAUGACCGUU